UGUUUGUGUUGUCAAGUAGACACGAAGAGCUGAGUCUCACGUCGUUGUGUUUUUACCACAUGGCGCUAGCUCACCCAGGCUGCUAGCUCUUUACUUUGACUCCAUGCUCGUCCUUCCACCUGACAGUGUAGCCUCGUCUCAGUCCUACAGUGAGCUUGUAAAGAAACUAUGGUGGAAAGGUCAUUGUUAGCCCGGACAAGCCUGGUGGUGUUUGUACUCUCCUCCUCGUCUCGUCCCCACACUGGUAUCUGUCUAAAACCCAGACAGACGUAUGUCGUUCAGAGAAAACUAAUGAAUGGCCUUCCACCCGGAGAUAGUGGGCCAGCUCCCCCCAGAGAAGCACUGAUUACCACUGCUGUAAAAUUUCUGCAGAACCUCAAAGUACGUCAGAGUCCCUUGGCCACCAGAAAAGCUUUCCUGAAGAAAAAAGGGCUGACGGACGAAGAGGUAGAGUUGGCCAUCCAGCGUUCCGGUAGCACAGAAGAAGUCCUGCCCCUGAGCCCCGUGGGGCCCCCACAUCUACAUCCACUCCAUACAACUCAGCUGGCUCCUGUAGUUCACAGUCCAGCAGGCUACAGAUGGAGAGACUACGGUGCCCUCACCAUUAUUAUGGUGGGCAUCGCCUUUGGCUUUCAUCAACUUUACAAGAAAUACAUCCUUCCCCUCAUUAUGGGCAGCCGAGAGGACAAGAAGCAUCUGCAGAGGAUGGAGAGCAACAUUGCGGCAAUGAGUGGCACGCUGACACAGACAGUGAGCCAGCUGCAGCAGACUCUGCUUUCUGUCCAGGAGCUCCUGAUACAGCAGCAGCAGAAAAUCCAAGAGCUCUCACAGGAACUGACUUCAGCAGAGACAUCAUCUUCAACCAACCGCAUCCUGGACAACCAAACAAUUGGAGAGCUGAAGCAAGAGAUAGUCUCUUUGAAGGGCUUACUGCUCAGCAGGAAACAAUUCCCCUCCACUCCCACUAUUCCUAAGAUCCCCUCAUGGCAAAUUCCUCUGAAGCCACCUUCAGCAUCCAGCCCGCCAUCCAUUAACCACACCAACAGCAGCAGCGACAUCUCCCCUGUCAGUAAUGAGUCUGCCACCUCCUCCCCUGUCAAAGAUGUACAUCACUGCCCUCAGGAUGGACUGGGAGGCCCUGAUGGAGCACAUGUUAUGAAUGGAGAUGCCUGCACCGAGGGCCAAGGCCUGGCGCUGCCUGUGGAUCUAAAGGACCAGGUCCGCAUGGAGGUGCAGGGGGAGGAGGAGCGGAAGGAGGAAGAGGAGGAUGAUGUCAGCCAUGUAGUGGAGGAAGAGGAGGAGGGUCUGAGCAUGCAGACAGAAGAUCGGCGAGGUGGGGAUGGACAGAUUAAUGAACAGGUGGACAAACUGAGGCAACCCGAGGGUGCCAGCAAUGAGAGCGAGCUAACAAGAAGAGUCCAUGAGUGAGAAGGAGGGAUAUCAGCUCUCGUGCCACUUCCACCUCCAUCACACGGCCUGCAUAGGAACACAGAAAAGGUAGAGGGACACUGAACAUUUCUGUGUGAAAAUGGUCCUAAUCUACACAUCAUUUUUAGUUCUGUUGAUGUAGUUUAUGUCCAAAGUUUUAAAUGAUGAGACGAUAACAACGCCGCAGUGUCCUGUACAUGUUUCAUUUAGUAGAUUUGUGUGGAUGAAUAACCUUGGUUAAAAGAAGUCAAAAUUCGAGUGGCUUUUUAGCACAGUGCUUUCAGUCAUUGUUCCUUUCUUUUUUUUUUUUAAGUUGCGUGUUAGCCAGGAGUGUACAUUGCUGUCAUACAUUUGGUUUAUAUUUAUUCUAAACCAACUGAACACACAUGCUACUGACAAAUCUAGUAUUACUGCAAUUAUCCUGUUUAUGAAAUACUUUUAUUUUCAUUCAGUUACUGUUGUACAUCAAUGCAAACUGUUUAAUGUGCUCAUCGUAAAUCCUAACAGAGGAACAUUUACCAACUUUGAAUUUCCAUCCAUUCAAUUAACAUUUAAUGAAAGAAAAUGAACAAACACAAACUUGAACUUGUUGUUUUUGUCUUUGCUUUUAAUCUCUCUGAGAUGUUUGUGUAAAUGUGGUUACAUAUUUUCAGGGGAAGGAAAGUUUUCUGCAAUAUUCAUAUAAAGUAAUUUGUACAAAUUCUUGUUUCUGUUUGGCAAUAAUAAAAUCAGACCAUGGAAAA